AAAAACAGAUAUAUUGAGCAUUGAAUUGUUACUCCAUAGCAGCAAGAGCAGGGCAGCGUUUUUGUUUUCCCGCCAGAACUAGUUCGGCCUUACCCCCUGGAACCGGUACCAAUCCCACGGGAUCUUCGCAAAGACUGAAUCUUCAGAAAGAGUGUAUCUGUUGCAGCUUGGAAUCAGAGCCAAAGACUUUCAGGCUACUUCCGGCCGGAAAUUUGCUGGCUUUCACGGUUUAGGAGAACUUUAGCACUGACUUGGUUAUCCUUAAGCCCUAUGAAGCUUACAUGUUUGAGCAAGGGUCAGGGUUAUCAUUUCCCACCAUGCCACAUUCUCAACAUUUGCGGUUUCCAGGUGUUAUUUGAUUGCCCUUUGGACCUUUCAGCUCUUUCAGUCUUUUCUCCACUGCCAACUGAUCCACCUUCCUUGCUUGAUAGACAAAUUGUUGCCCUGGGAGGUCAUCAUUCUUCAGAGUCUGUAUCACAGACUGGAAAAUGUCUUGAUGCCACAAGUUUAAUACAUGCAGAACCAUGGUAUAAAACUGUUGAAAGGUUGCACCUUUUCAAUACAUCUUUCAUAGAUGUUGUGUUGAUCACAAGUCCAAUGGGCUUGCUAGGGUUACCAUAUCUUACUCGUGACAAAGACUUUUCUGCGAAGAUAUAUGCAACAGAAGCUGCUGCUAGACUUGGUCAGCUAAUAAUGGAGGACCUUGUUGCUAUCCAUAUGGAGUUGAGGCAAUUCUAUGGAGCCCAAGAGUCUGCUUUCCCAGAAUGGAUGAAUUGGGAAAAACUUGAGUUGCUUCCCUUGGAACUGAAGGAGAUAGUUUUGGGCAAACAUGGGAUAGAUCUUGGUGGGUGGAUGCCAUUUUACAGUGCAGCAGAAGUCAAGAGUUGCAUACAGAAGGUUCAGUCUCUUAAAUAUGCCGAAGAAACCUUCUAUAGUGGCACCUUAAGCUUAAAAGCAUUCAGUUCUGGUUUAGAGAUUGGUGCUUGUAAUUGGACCAUUGUCAGUCCAAAAGGAAGCAUCACAUAUCUUUCAGGAUCUGUCUUUGCAUCAGCAACUGCAAUGAGUUUUGAUUAUUUUUCUCUUCAAAAAAGUGAUGUAUUGUUAUACUCUGGCUAUGCACCUUCGGAUGUUGACAAUGUUGAUGGUGACAACAGUAGAUGUAUGCCCGCUUGUAAUGAUUCCUCCAAUUCAAGUAGCAGUGAUUUUUCUUUGGAAGUGACAGCCAAAUACUUGCUUGAUUCUAGUGAGUACACAGAAGAGAUGGAGAAAAUAGAUUUUCUAUGUUCAUGUGUUUUGGACUCUGUUAAUGCUGGAGGAUCAGUCCUUAUUCCCAUUGGACGACCGGGUAUUAUGUUGCAGCUGCUGGAGAAUGUAGGACUUUCCUUAGAAUCUUCAAAUUUGAAGGUUCCCAUAUUUUUUAUUUCUUCUGUAGCUAAAGAGUUAUUGGCCUUUUCAAAUAUUAUACCAGAAUGGUUGUGCAAGCAAAGACAAGACAGGUUAUAUGCUGGGGAAUCUUUAUUUUCCCAUGUUGAGCUGUUGAAUGGCAAAAGGCUCCAGCUGUUUCCCGCAAUUCAUUCUCCAGAGUUAUUAACAAGUUGGCAGGAACCUUGUAUAAUAUUUUGUCCGCAUUGGAGUCUGCGAUUAGGACCCGUUGUUCAUUUGCUUCGCCGCUGGUGUGCAGAUCCAAACUCAUUGCUUGUUAUGGAGGAAGGAGCUGAUGCCAAUUUGGCUUUUUUGCCUUUCAAGCCAAUGGCAAUGAAGGUCCUGCAGUGCUCAUUUCUUUCUGGAAUAAAUCUAAAGAAAGCUCCAUAUUUACUGAAAGCACUGCAACCAAAGCACAUUCUGCUUCCUGAAACUUUGAGAUCACAUUUUAGCCAUUUGAACCACACAUAUUCCUUUAGCUAUUUCUCUGAAAAGGAGGCUCUGGUUAUACCCAAGCUGAAGCCGGGUUCAUCAGAGCUACGUCUUGGUGUCGAUCUGGCUUCCCGGUUACUCCAUUGCACAAAGUCCAUUCAAGAAGACAAGGAAAUCGCAAGAUUGAAGGGAGAGUUAGUCAUGGAGAGGGGGAAGUAUGAGUUGGUAAUCGGAAAUGAUCAAAAAAUAUCGACGCAAACUAGGCCGGUGGUGUAUUGGGGCAGGACCAACCCGGACUCGCUUGUGGCUGCAUUACAGAAGAUGGGAAUCAAAGCAACCAUAGAACAAAGUCUAAGUUCUUCCACAAUACAUGUCUCGGAGCCUAAUGAAGCGUUGAUUGAAGUUACAGCAGAAAGAACUGUGAUCUUCACCGCUGAUGAGAAUUUUGCCUCACGGAUAUCUGAGUCUGUAUGUAGCAUUUUAGAUGGCAUUUGAGGGAGGAGUUGACCAAUUCAAAGUAAGGUUAAUCACCUACUCGAUCUGCUGGCAAUCACAAUGUGCAAGUUCAAACCUUAUCAAGAACAGUGGUAUGAAUUUGUCUCGUACUAUAAGAGUGAAUUUGGAGUUAGAAACUAUUUAGGAUUUCGAAAUACACUCUAUUGUGAGAGAAUAUUUAUAUUUAAAUUGAAAUUAAUUAGAUUUAAGGUGUUUACUACCACUAGUACAGAUCUA